AGCUGCUUCCUGAUCCGGACAGAAGGCAGCAGAGGAGCAGUUUGGUCAGCUGGCUCAGAGCUGGAUCCUCCGCUCUGCUACGUCAACUCUCCACAACUUUCCUCUGUCCACAAGCGCCCGAGCGAGCGCCUCAAAAUGCCCCACCGCGGGACACUGAUCGCCUGGGACUUGAGUGCACGGCUGUAACCCGCGGAUAGCAGCCGCCGCGUCCCCCUGCCCCGCUCCGACACUCAUGCACGCCCCGCUUUUAUUGUUGUAGCUUGUUGGCUAACGUUAGCUAUUUGUCUGAUGCGUCGCCGACAUGGACAGUAGAGAGGCGUCUUUGCGGCUCAGGUACCGCCGUCCCCCGCUGAAGCACGAGCAAGAUGAGGACUCGGACUGCGAGGAGGGCCCGCUGUCCCUCCGGAGCUCGGAAUGUCCCGGGGUGCAGCAGGUCAUCCACAGCGGACACUUCAUGGUCUCGUCGCCGCACAUCGAGCACACGCCGAAGAAGGGCUACGACUUCGACACUGUCAACAAACAGACGUGUCAGACGUACCACUUCGGGAAAGCCAGCAUGUCCCACAUCUCCAUAGACGCCUCCCUCACCAAGCUCUUCGAGUGCAUGACGCUGGCGUACAGUGGGAAGCUGGUGUCUCCUAAAUGGAAGAACUUUAAGGGCCUGAAGCUGCUUUGGAGGGACAAGAUCCGCCUGAACAACGCCAUAUGGAGGGCCUGGUACAUUCAGUACGUGGAGAAGAGGCAGAACCCCGUGUGUCACUUCGUCACCCCUCUGGAUGGGAGCAUAGAGAUGGAUGUCCAUCGCCCAGCAGAGGCCAUCGCCAAUGAGGGCAAGUGCUGGAAAAGAAGAAUAGAAAUAGUCAUUAGAGAAUACCACAAAUGGAGGACAUAUUUUAAGAAAAGGUUACAGAAGCACAAGGAUGAAGACUUGUCAAGCUUACUCAAGGACCCAGAGGAGCAGUUGUGUCUGUUCGGGGAAGUGUCUCCAGACAUGCUGCGUUUGCCCCUUUACCAGGAUGAAGAUGCAGCCAUACGACGUAUGCCCCGCAAAGGCCUGGAGAGCUCGCCCGCCCCCAUGGAGAUGGACCCGCUGUUCGACAUGGACGUGCUCAUGUCCGAGUUCUCCGACACACUCUUCUCCACACUGGCCUCACACCAGCACAUUGCCUGGCCUAACCCCCGCGAGAUAGCACACGCAGGUAACGCAGACAUGAUCCAGCCGGGCCUCAUCCCUCUGCAGCCUAACCUGGGCUUCAUGGAGACGUUCGACCCUCUCCAAGACUUAUUUCACAGCCUUCGUCCACCCGCCUACCCCUCCACCCCCCCCACUGCCACAUCUGUUCCCUCUCUACCCAGCAGCAUCUGCCCAGCACAGGCGCAGCUGCUUUCCUCCAUGCAGCUUCCCCCUGAGCAGAUGCACCCUCCCGGCCCCCUGCUCCUGUCCUCCCCCAUGUCCAGUCCAAGCGCAGGCCCCAGCAGAAGAAGUACCAGCACCGACUUCGCACCCAGCUACAUGCCUCUUUUCCCGGAGCAGGGUCCCCCCAGCGCCCAGCCCCUCUCCUCCGGGCCCCCCACUCUAACCCACGACCCUCUGACGCAGUGCCUUCCGCCCCCAGACCUGUCCUCCCCCGCCCCCCCUCGCGCUCCGUCGCUGGAAAGGACAGUUCUGAGCGACACGCACACGGCCGUUCAGGCCACCAGCACUGCCCACAAUGGAGUUCCAGGCUCGGACUAUGGCUCUAUAUCAGCACAGCCUCAGCUCCCACCUCUAGCCCCGAUGCCCUCCCCUCCUGUGCCCCAGACCUUUGCCCUUCCACAGCCGUAUCAGCCCGUCAGUGCCAACAAAAACCGUCCGGUGAAACGCAUCGCUCCGGCCAAUGCGCUGCCCGCUCCACACCUCAUUCUCACAGGUUCUUUCUCCAGCCAUCCCAACGCUGUGAUUGUGACCCCCACACACCUGAAGGCCGAGGUGGUCCCAAGCACUGGAGUGGUCAUAGCCUCCUCUUCUCUGGCUGGGUCUCCAAACUUUAACGUGGUGUCUCAGCCGCAGAACUCCCCACAGCCCUUGAUACAAACUGACACCUGCUUUUCUUCCAGUCACAAAAGCUCCAGAGCCUCACCCAGUGCUGCUCACAGUCGGUCGGGUUCCGGCUCCCCCUGUGGGUUAGACCAGGUGCCAAGUCCUCAGUCUUCUAUCAACAACAGUGGCUUGCCACUAGUUAAGAAUGAACAGCAUCAGGGCCGCAGGUCUACACACAUCUCUGCAGAACAGAAGAGACGCUGCAACAUCAACAACGGCUUUAAAACUCUCUGCACCCUGGUGCCCCCACUCAAGUCCCAGUCCAAUAUCAGUAAUGCAGUCACACUGCAGAAGACUGUGGAGCACAUUGGGAAGCUGCAGCAGGAGAGGCAGCAGAUGCAGGAGGAAGUGCGCAGGCUCAAGGAGGAGAUCGAGGAGCUCAAUGCGUCCAUCAGCUCAUGUCAGGAGCAGCUCCCUGCCACUGGAGUCCCUGUCACACGCCACAGAUACGAUCACAUGCAAGAAAAGUUCAAUGAAUACGUCAAGAUGCGAACGCUGCACAACUGGAAGUUCUGGGUUUUCAGCAUCAUAAUCAAGCCGCUGUUUGAGUCGUUUAACGGCAUGGUGCUGACCACGAGCCGGACCGAGCUGUGCCAGACCACACUGCAGUGGCUUGACCGACACUGCUCCCUCCCAGCACUCAGGCCCAUGGUGCUGAGUACACUUCGCAACCUGUGCACAAGCACGUCCAUCCUGUCUGAGCCCACCCUGCUGCCUGAUGAAGCUCUGAAGGCUGUGUCCCAGGCAGAACCCUAGACUGUGUGUCCCAGCAUGCACCUCCUCAUCCAGUCUUCCUCCUCUAGACUCAGUAUCCCAGCAUGCCUCACCUCCUCCUCUGGGCUCAGUAUCUCAGCAUGCCUCACCUCCUCCUCUGGACCCGGUAUCCCAGCAUGCACUACUUCCUCUGGACUCCAAAUCUCAGCAUGCACCUUCUCCUCUGGACCCAGUAUCCCAGCAUGCACUACCUCCUCUUGACUCCAAAUCCCAGCAUGCACCUCCUCCUCUGGACCCAGAACCCCAGCAUGCACCUCCUCCUCUGGACUCAGAAUCCCAGCAUGCACCUCCUCCUCUGGACUCAGGAUCCCAGCAUGCACCUCCUCCUCUGGACUCAGGAUCCCAGCAUGCACCUCCUCCUCUGGACUCAGAAUCCCAGCAUGCAUCUUCUUCUCUGGACUCAGAAUCCCAGCAUGUACCUCCUCUUCCAGUCUUCCUCCUGUGGUUCAGAGGGCUUGCUGCUUCUGUUCGAUAAGUGAAGCGAAAUCGCACAUAGCUUUUUAAUUUUAAUUUAAUUUAAACUUGUAUCUUCUUGUCUGAGGGAAUGAUUUUCAGAUUUGAAGUCAGAAUGAUCGCCUUCAAAUAUUUAAAAGACUUAGUGCAAAAAAGGGAAGCUGUUUUUAUAUCUCACUCUUUGUAUGGGGUUAUGUGGAUUUUUAUGGUUUACCAACUACCAAAAUGUUUUCUAUUGGAUUGUGACAUUUGACACGAUUCAGAAACAUAUGAGCUUUAUUUUAUAAUACAUCCCUUAUCUGCUCAGGGGAAUCGUUAACUAGUUUUGCAGUUUUUAAAUCAGUUUUUUCAUAUGCUUGAAGAAAGUGUACAACCGUCACAUGUAGGGCUGGGUACUGCCAAAUAUUUUGAUACCUGUACUUCAACACUACUAAAAGUCCCUUUGACAGGACAGUGAACUUUUCCUGAAUGUCUUUAGAAUGAUCUUGAGCUGGAUCAGAACAAGUAUAAGAGCACUUAGCCUAGUAUACGCCUGAGGGAUUACACGGAUAUAAAGCCAAAUGGGAAUAGAAAAGAAAGUACUACCAUCUAUCCAUGUUGAAAAUCACAUUCUAUUGUGAUAUCACUGUGGUAUUAGAAACAAUAUUGAGUAUUGAAUCUAUUUAUUAGUAUCGCAAUUUUAGUAUCGUGACAACACUACUAGUGAGCAGUAGGGAGGAAAUGAAGUUUUCAAAAUUCAAAAGAUUCAUGUAUUUUUCAGUACUACAGAGGUUUCGUGAAAUGGUACCCAGCCCUGCUCUUUGGGGACUCCAAUCACUCAGGGCUAAAUCAGGUGAGAGGAUCGUCUCCUCCGCAAUGAACAAAUCAAUCAGGAUUCUGAUUAUGGUACAUGCACACUCCAUUUUUACACUAAUCCAAUGAACAAGAGCCAUGUAGGAUCUGUUUAACCAUCCAGUCAAAUGGUAUGUGACUAGAAGCAUUAUCUUAGUAAUAACAUCAGUGUAAAUGGUGCUCUCAUCGUUACAGGACUGAAAUGUGGAACUGACUGUUGAACAUCUUUGAACGUGGUUACAAAUAUUUGCCAUUUGGAGUUUUAAGUCAGUUCACGAGUGUGGAAUUAAAAAGUCGUAUUUAAAGGAACUGUAUGUAAGAUUUGAAAUUCCAUAUAUAACUGUGUCCUUCAGGGUUCCCACGGUCAUGGAAAUUCUGGAAAAAAUUUAAUUUUCUAGGUCUGGAAAAGUCAUGGAAUUUUAGUAUCUCAUUCACACAACUACAGCAUUCUGUUAAGUUCUCAUGAGGCUAUUCUGAUUAUUUCCGAAUGUAUGCACCUUUUGUUUAAAAAAGAUGGCAAUAAAUGCACUGACAGUAUUUUGAAUGUUAAAAAAUUUUAUAUUCAGCCCCAAAAGUAUGAUAAAUUCUAUACAUGUAGGGUGCCAUACAAUCAUGAAAAAUUCACUUAAGUUCAUGAAAAAGUCCUGGAAAAGUUUUGAAAUUUUGUUAGUAAAAAAGAGUGGGAACCCUGGUGCUUGGAUAAGAGGUAAACAUGUUCAAAUCACAUAUUGCUUUUACUGUUAACAAUUCUAAAUCUGAUUUAUUAUCUGACCAGAAAGCAGAAUGAGCCUCACGCGAGUCUCUCAUUUGGGUUGCCAUUUUUAGUGCUAAAAUCCAGCUGGUUUAAAACUAAAAUGCCUCUGUCUAAUAAAAAUGGUCACUACCUAAACCUAGCACCUGAACCAGUCAUGAACCAAUAUUAGUGCAAUGCAGUUGGCUAUAUACUGUCCAGAUAAUGAAAAAAACUUGUAUGUAUCCUCUUUUUACAGGUUUAGUGGUGAUUGUAGUACCUUUUUAAAACUGGUCAGACUAUAUACAGUUCCUUUUAAUUAAUAUCCCUCCGCCUAAUCAAAAGCAGCCUUAGUCCAGUGCACAAAGUGUCCUUCCUCUCUGGGUUCUUGCACUAUGGUGAGUUUACAUGAAUGUACAGCGCAGCCUUCCGCACCUGUUUUCAAAGUGACUUGGCUCUGAAUUAUUUUUAAAGUGAAAACAAAGACGGUGGUCACUUAAUUGAAUGCCGCUCCUCCAUCGUAGUUGUGUUUUGUACAGAUAGUUGUGUGUUAGCUCUGUGUUUGGCAGUUUGAUCUCUGCCCAUGUGUAGUCAAUAAAAAAAAACUUGUAUAUGUCAUGAAAAUUAAACCUAUUUUCUUAAACGUCA